UCGAACGUGGUUUACUUUCAAUUCUCAGUGAUUUUUGUGAAUUUUUGAUAUUUUUGAAAAAUGUCUCGAUCAUUCCUUAUGGAGUCCCUGCUCAGUGAUAUUCCUUUGAAAAAAGAAACCCUCAGCCCUCAUCAAGUUCCGGCAUUACCAAUGCUCCCGUAUCCUGCCUGUUACGUUGGGAGUUAUUUAUUUUCGUUGAGCAUUCAGCAACAGCAGCAGCAACAACAACAACAACAGCAGCAAGCCAUUCAUCAACAAGCCUUACAUGCCCAGCAUCAGAAUCCUCAUAUGUUCCAUCCUUACGCAGCUGCAUCUCUAAUUGCCGCCAAACGGGAACGUGCCUCCUAUGAGGGGUAUGUUUCACCCAAACGACGAAGCAGCAGUUCAGGAUACACAGAUUUCUGCACCUCACCCACCUCAUCUACCAGCCAGGAUUUCCAAUCGUUCGAUGAGGUUUUCGUCCCGAAGAAAUCAAAGACUUCUCCGUCGGUAACUCCCUCCAAGACAACAACUCCAACAGUGAUUUCACCAAACAUCUCGGACUACGCCGAUUCCAGCAAAAGAAUACGAACAGCCUUUACCAGCACUCAGCUGCUCGAACUUGAGCGCGAAUUCUCCUGCAAUGCCUAUUUGUCCCGCUUGAGACGUAUCGAAAUUGCCAAUCGUCUAAAGUUGUCCGAGAAGCAGGUGAAAAUUUGGUUUCAAAACCGCAGAGUCAAGCAGAAGAAGGGAGGUUCGGAGAGUCCGACAUUUAAUUUCAAUGGCAGCAACUCCCCGACAAAUUCGGAGGGAGAGAAGAAGAACUGCUGUUGCCAUGGCCAUCAGUCACCAUCGCCGUCGUCUUCAGUCAGCUGCCUUGAAAACUCAUGCCAAAUGAAUUCGUAGGAAAUACGAAGUAUUGCUUUUGUACAGAAUAAUUGUAAAUAUUUAACUUCGUAGUUUUUAAGCAGAUGUUUUGGAAAAAGUUGUUUAUAUGUUUAAGAAAAAAAAACUG